GAAUAUACGGGCUAUCCGACUGAUUAAAACUGAAGAGACAUAUCUAAAUUAAAGUCACAAUGACAGUUGCUGGCUAGUGACAAGCUGGCAUGUAACAAAAUAAGGACAUCAACAGUUAGAGCAGACUGGAAAAUAGAACAAUCACAUAAAUGCAAAUAUAACCCAUACAAACAGUAAAAAAAAUUGAACAUGACAGAUGAAAAACAUAAGUAUGGACAUGUCAAGGACUAUAAAAGAACUACACCUUACAGUUUUAAUAUACCAGUACAUGAUAAAACAUUGAGACAUUAAGGACAGGAGUAUAAGAGGUGUUGAGAACAGAAACUUAAACAUUCCAAGAGAUGAACAGAACAGAACGGAUCAUGAUGACAUUGCAGAUGCAUGCAUGUUUCAAAGUAUAUGGGGAAUUAUCCCUUGGUGGUGUAGAAACAUUGAGCAAUACUUCCUUCACAACAAUGAGGAGUUAUAACAGCACGUUUGCUACCACAACAACUGACAGUAUUACGGAAGUUUUAACUGCAUCUCUAAUUAGGUCAGGAAAUUCAAAAGAAACAUAUCAAAUUGUAAAUCGGGUGAUUGGCUAUAUGCUACCCAUUGUUCUUGUUUUUGGAUUCUUGGGAAACAUAUUGAAUCUAAUCAUACUAACAAGGAAAAGAAUGAAAAGUAAUUUAGAUGAACUUGAAAAAUCUGCCCAUUUUGGACUAAUCGCUUUGGCAGUUUCUGAUAUGAUGUUUUGCAUUUCUGCAUUCCCUUUGGGAUUCAUGAAUUCCCAGGCUGGACAGCCAGUCUUAUCCGAAACAAAACAUUUCAUGUUAUACUACAAAGUAUUCCAUACUGGCAUUGUUAAUACUUUCAUCUUGAUGAGCACAUGGUUGACAGUAACGAUGGCACUUGCAAGAUGUAUCGCAGUAUGCUACCCACUUUAUGCUAGAGGGGUAUCUAGUCUACAGGGAGUCAAAAUCUCUGUCUCAGUUGUUACAGUAAGUUGCGUUUUAUUCACACUACCACGCUUUUGGACAAUGAAAAUUCGAGAAUUUUCUUGCUCAGGAGGUUUGAAGGUAUACUCACCAUGGCCUGGCGAUAUCGUGAAAUUGGAUGGGUAUACUGCAUACCUCCUAUUGUGGAGCUUUUUAGGUGGAAUCAUUCCAUUUAUCCUACUUUUAAUCAGCAACAUCUGUCUAAUACGCGCGCUACAUCAGUCGAGCAGAAUGCGACGAAUGCUGAGUGAAAGUACGAGUGCAAAUCAAAGUUGUUCGAAUGCUGGAUGUAAGCUAACACCGACAUUCAUCGCGAUAGUAGCCGUGUUUCUGAUCCUAGUCACACCAGCAGAGAUCUUAAAAUUUGUGGAUGAGAUAUUGAAAACAAGAAAUGGUGACAGAAAGAUGGAGUUCCAGAUCGCGGAAGCUGUCACAAACUUUCUUCAAAGCGUGAAUUUCACAAUUAACUUCAUACUUUAUUAUAUUAUAAAUAUACCAUUCCGUAAAACAAUGAGGGAGUUGUUCACAUCACAGUGUCAGGAAACCUACCGUGCGAUACAUAGUAGAGGGAGCUCUAUGUAUAGGUUCUCGACACCUCAAACCACAGACACACAAGUUUAAACCUGAGUCUUUACAUGAAGUACACAUAACUUACUAAUUGACGAUUGGUUCUAAAUAUGUGAAUAUCAAAAUUAGGGGAAAAUGAUUUUACUGAAACAUAUCAGGGAAUAGGAAGCAUUUUAUGGACUAAGUUAUAGUAUUAACAUCUACAUUGUAUUGACUUGCUUAUAUCUAGGAAUGAUUUCACCCUUUCAGGUCAUUAGCAUGCAGAGAUAAAAAUGGUACAGAAAGUAGAUAUAUAAAGCCAGGGAUAAGGAAUGUGCUUAGUUUUAGAUCUAGACGUUGCUAUUAAAUCUGAGCCAUUUUCCUGGCUUUGCAACUAUGGUAUCAAUAACAUGAGUUUUUGUGUUUUGGAUGCGUUUUCUCAACGAAAGACCAUCAGGGG